AUGCUUCAUUUAUUUAAUAUAUUGUGUAAAUCUUUGUUAAUAAUUACUACGCUAAUUGGUCACAUAAAAUGCAAUGCGCCGUUAAAUACCGAAGAAUCGAUCAUCCAAUUGGGCUAUCCACUGGAAAAGUACAAGCUCCAAACUCAGGAUAAGUUUACACUAGGAUUGGAACGGAUACCUUAUAGCAAAACCGGUGACCGGACCAUUGGAAAGCCUAUCUUGUUGAUGCACGGUUUGUUCCUGAGUUCCUACAUAUUCUCGAAUACGAAUAAAUCGUUGAGUUAUUCACUAUCUAACGCUGGAUACGACGUAUGGUUGUUCAAUGCCAGAGGAACGGGCUUGUCCAGAACAUACAGUAUUUACUCGAAAGCGGGAACGGCACCAAGAAUGAAUAAGAUGUCAUGGGACUUUAGUUUCCACGAGAUGGGCGUUUACGACUUCCCGGCCGUCGUCGACUUUGUCCUAAACAAAACAGGACGUGCAAAAUUAGACAUCGUAGGCUACUCGUUGGGCGCAACCAUUGCACUUGUCGGGCUAUCGGAAAAGCCCUCGUACAACAGUAAAAUCGACAAAUUAGUAUUGAUGGCGCCGACGACCAGAAUGAUAUCGUACGGAUUUCCUGUCUCUGCAUUUUAUCGUGGUUCCAUGUUGUUUAAAGAUAUAGUGAUCAGUACUGUUGUAGAUUUUCCACAACCGGUAUCUAAAAAAAUGUUAUUCCAUUGGGUUCAAUUGAUGUCAUCAAAAAGAUUUUGUAAAUAUGACUAUGGAGUGAAUGGAAAUAUGCAAUAUUACAACAUGAAAUCACCGCCAGAUUAUAAUUUGAACAAAGUUACUUCUCCGGUUUACAUUUUACACUCAAAAAAUGAUCAUUUAUCUGCAACAAAGGACGUUAAUUGGUUGAGAAGCAAACUGCCGAAUGUAAAAGACGUCUACUACAUCAAUAGCAUAAAGUUCGGGCAUCUAAGUUUUGUGAUGCAUGAAAACAUCGACCGGCUUGUAAAUAGUAAAAUUAAAAAUGCAUUGUUAACAAAUGCAUUCAAUUAA